UUAACAGGUUAGGCUACACUACUUAUAAAUAAAUUUCUUUACCGACGGUCUAGAUUUCAUCAAAGAAAACUUGUUAUUUUGUUCUUAGAUAAUACAUUAUAGCAAUCUGCUUUGUUUGUUUGAGAUAGGCAGUGGACUAAGGUGAGAAAACCGACUGUACACAGUCAAACAAUUAGAUCUAGACCUUGAAUUUACACUUAUUAUUGAUCGGAACUAUAAAGUGUCAUAUUCUAGGAUUCUAGGCCUCAGCAGAAUGCCCCUUCUCAGAGGUCAGUUGAGCCCACAUUUCCAGCACGGGAUCAACGUAUGGUUUACUGGUAUGACUUUGACCGUGGCCUCGAUGUGUACGAACUCUUGGGUAGUCUUCACAGCGGAAUUCGCCUUCACAUUCACCAUAGUUACCAGAGCGGGUCUGGUCCAGUUUUGUACAAAAGUGCCCAAGGAACUAUUUGCUGUGCACCCUACCAAAUGUGAAAACUUCCUCGUCAGUCCCAAGUUCUUCCAGACACAGCUGGCCCAAGUGGCCUUCGUCCUAGCAUGUCUUCAGACUCUGUUCUCCGCUCCAACCAUCCUGUGUGUGCUCACACAGAACCAGUCGACCAGAUUUUCCUGCUGCUGUGUGCUGCUCACCAGCGCUGCUCUGUUCAACCUGUUGGGCGUAACUCUGUACCUACAUGGGGCAAAGAAAGAGAUCGGGGAUUAUGUGCUUGGAACUGCCACGAAGGAGACGACAUCUAUUCGUUUGCACGUGGACUGGGGACUGCCACUAUUCUGUGUUGGUAACAUCUUGAUGGUGGCGUCGGGGGUAUUGUUGAGCUCCACGGCCAGCAUGCAUCAAGAACCUCCGGGCGAUUCCCUCUCAGACCCUGGUCAGCUGGGUGACGGUGUGAGUGAAAAGGCAACCUCUUGUUUUGUAACUUUGUGUCAAGAUUGCGAUUCUGAUUCGCAGUGCGCAGAAAUAGAUGUUUACAACUUACCAAUGCCGACAAACGGUGGUGGUAUGACUGAGUCGAAAGAUUUGCACUCGGAGCAGACAAGAACUGAGCAACGUCAAAAGUAGACAUUUUGACAGAAAAUAUUUUGACACGGUAUCAUGAUAAUUUUAUAUCAAAUUUAAUCAAAAACGUUCCUUAAACUUAAUUACUUAAUGAAAACAUCAAAGGUAAAAACAAUUCUUUUUGUGUCUGGAAGUGGAGUGAAUAAA